CUCAUAGUAGGUUUACCAAUAGAAAAACUGUUUGCGUCCACUAUUGGCCAAUAACAACAAGAAUUAUGACUUUGUAAAAUAUUCCUGUGGAUUUCUGGCCAAUGACUGAGCUCAAAACUUUGUUUGUGAGAGUGAGAAACUCAAGUUGAAAGCUUUCUACCAAAAGUUCCAAAAGAACAAAAAAGUUUGUUGUCUACCUGCCAAAACAACCGGUGCAGCGUGUUUUUUGGUCAAAAGAAGUGAAUUUCCAUAUAACAGAGCUCAUAGUGUUAUUUAGAUAUUAAGAAACUACUUGUCGGACGAAAAUGGGGGAUGAAACUGAUAAUACUCAAACACAAACUCAAAAUUCUCAACUACAAUGGAGCCAAAAUAAUACUCCAGCAUUUAUACCAAACAUUUGGGGAAGAUUACACCCAACAAAACCAACCUCGAGUGGUAAAUAUUGUUGGAAUGCUAGCAAUAAUCCUGAAUACAUAGACUUAAUCCAACCGGAGUUCUCUUUAGGUAGAUCUUUGAACUGCAACUUUGUGAUAAAAAAGAAUAUUGUAAAAGACAACAUCAUAAAAAGUGUCAGCAAACAACAAUUUAUCAUAAAAAGAGAUCUUUCGGAACCACUGUGUCCAGCAAUAAUAACAGAUUUGUCACACAAUGGGACUUUUAUAAAUGGGGAAAAUAUUGGAAAAGGAAAUAGCAGAGUGUUAGAUGACAAUGAUGAAAUAGCCAUCACACACACAUUUGUUAAAGUGUUUGUAUUCAAGGACUUGCUAAAAAAUGAACAAGAUCAAGUUCCUAAGGAGAUAUCACAAAAAUACUACAUUUCAAGGACACUGGGCCAAGGAGCUUGUGGAAUUGUCAAAUUAGUUUACGAUAAAACACGGUGCACUAAACAUGCAAUGAAAAUAAUAAAAAAGAGCAGAUUGACAAAUGGACAAAUGAAUCAUUUAAAUGACCCAGAAAAAAUUAUGAAUGAAAUCAUAAUUAUGAAAGCAUUACGGCAUCCAUGUAUUAUUUCAACUGAAGAGGUAUUUGAUUCCAAAGAUACAGUGUAUAUUGUCCUGGAGCUAAUGCAAGGAGGAGAACUUUUUGACAGAAUUACCAAACAAGGACACUUAUCUGAAUGUCUGACUCGGUUCCUCUUCCGACAAAUGGUACUGGCUGUCAAGUACCUGCACUCUCAAGGCAUCACUCACAGAGACCUAAAACCUGAGAAUGUGCUAUUGGAGAGUAAGCAUGAUGAGACACUAGUCAAAAUAACUGACUUUGGCUUAAGCAAAUUCGUUGGAGAAGAUAGUUUCAUGAAGACCAUGUGUGGGACCCCUCUUUACUUGGCCCCAGAAGUUCUGAAAGCAAAUGGCCAAAAAUGCUAUGGCCCUGAAGUUGAUGUGUGGAGCUUGGGAGUGAUAUUUUUCGUGUGCCUUGUGGGUUAUUUGCCAUUCUCUUCAGAAUACAAAGAUUUAUCACUGAGGGAACAGAUAUUGACUGGAAAGUAUUGUUUCUCACCAUCACACUGGAAGAAUAUAAGUUUGCAGGCCAAACUUCUAAUGAAAAGAAUGCUCACUGUUCAAGUUGAUAGAAGAAUUACACUUGAUCAAAUUCUCAACCAUGCUUGGAUGCAGGAUGCAGAUGUGAUAAUACGAGUAGAGAAAAUGCUGUCAAAUGUUGCUCAAAUGAAAAGUUUUAAUGCACUGACAAUAUCAUCCACAUCUGAUGAAGAAAAUUACAGCAACAAUAAUGUUAACAAUGUUACUGUGAUAAGGCUGGUAGCAGCUAACAAACGAGCCCUGAGUGAUAGCUUCAGCUCCUCUGAACCCAUCCCCAAGAGAUUUAGGGUAGCUAUAUACUCGGACAGAUGUGAUGACACUAGCUCAGCCAACAGCUACUGUUCGGAAUAAUUAAUUAUCUAAUUCUUGUUCACAAGCAUUUGAAAUGACUUGAUUUAAUUCUACUUUGAACUUGACAGUUAUAAAAGAAUUGAUAAAUAUUCUUGAAUGAUUAGACUGAAACUGGAUCCCAAUAACGAAAAUGCAUGUUGCAUUUUCGUAAACUUAACAAAUGUGUACCGAAUUCUAAGACCCGAUGCUUACAAUGUCUUACAAAAAUCAUAGUGAUAAAACUUUGAUUAUUUUAAAUUUCAGUGAAGAUUGCACUAUUCUUUGAUUUAUUUGAAUUUUUUUUUCAUUAACCCUUAUUCAAAUGCGAGCUGGUAUGCAUUUUUUUUACAAAGUUGAAGUGGAUUUUGGGUAAUUGUGGGUCACUUAUUUCAUAUUUUUGAUCAAAAUUUAUUAAAAAAUAGGG